UCCAGCUCUUCUUCUGCCUUCCAUCCUCCUCCUCUGCUGGAUGUGCUGCUGCAGUGGGUGUGCUGCCAUGGAGUGGAAGAAACCCUCAUCCUUCCAUCCUGGCGUCUGACCUCAGCCCGAUGUGCAGCUCGCGUCCAUGACUGCUCUCCUUGUCUGCUGGCUGCAGCGGCCUGCCGCCUCCUCCUCCUUCCUUCUCCUUGUGCUUGAGACGAUAGGAUGGGAGAGGACUGGUGAUGAUAGCAUGAGCUCCGUCUCUGAAGACCUGGGCUGCAGACGGGGAGAAUUCAGCAGAAAACACUAUGGCUCCGUGGAGCUGCUCAUUUCCAGUGAUGCUGACGGAGCUAUUCAGAGAGCUGGGAGAUUCCGGGUUGAAAAUGGAUCAUCGGACGAGAGCUGUGGCCAGGCGCCGGGGAUCUGGAGACGGAUGGAUGUUCACCUGGAGAACCCCGAGUACCACACAAGAUGGUAUUUCAAGUAUUUUCUUGGAAAAGUCCACCAGAACUACAUAGGAACAGACGCGGAGCGGAAUCCGUUCUUCUUGUCCGUGGUUCUUUCUGACCAGAAUAAUCAGCGCGUUCCCCAGUACCGAGCAAUUUUGUGGAGGAAAACGGGAUCGCAAAAGAUUUGUCUUUCCUAUUGUCCCACAAAAUCCUUAUCAGUAAAGUCUAUAUUAAGUGCCAUGAACCUUGACAAGUUUGAGAAAAGCCCCCGGGAAAUACUCAACUCAGAGAUUCAGAAGGAUCUGCUGGUCUUAGAAGAGCAGGAGGGCUCUGUGAAUUUUAAGUUUGGAGUUCUUUAUGCCAAAGACGGUCAAUUAACAGACGAUGAGAUGUUUAGUAACGAGGCCGGAAGUGAAAGUUUCCAGAAAUUGCUGGACCUCCUGGGAGACACCGUGACCUUAAAGAGCUGGAUCGGCUACAGGGGAGGACUAGACACCAAAAAUGACACAACGGGAAUACAUUCAGUGUACACAGUGUACCAGGGCCACGAGAUAAUGUUCCACGUCUCCACCAUGCUGCCCUACUCAAAAGAAAACAAACAGCAGGUAGAAAGAAAACGGCACAUUGGGAAUGAUAUUGUUACCAUCGUCUUUCAGGAAGGCGAGGAAUCUUCUCCGUCCUUUAAACCGUCCAUGAUCCGCUCCCACUUCACACAUAUUUUUGCCUUAGUGCGAUAUAACAAGCAGAAUGACGGGUACAGGUUAAAAAUCUUUUCGGAGGAAAGCGUCCCAUUAUUCGGGCCUCCUCUGCCGUCCCCACCAGUCUUCACCGACCACCAGGAAUUCAGGGAUUUUCUUCUAGUAAAACUAAUUAAUGGUGAGAAGGCGACUCUGGAGACCCCAACUUUUGCUCAGAAGAGGCAGCGCACCCUGGAUAUGCUGAUACGCUCCCUGUACCAGGAUCUGAUGCCCGACUUACAUAAGAACAUGUUAAACAGAAGAUCGCUCAGUGACGUUCUGCCAGAAUCCCCAAAAUCUGCCCGAAAAAAAGAGGAAGCACGGCAGGCAGAGUUUGUCCGCAUCGGGCAGGCUCUGAAGCUGAAAAUGAUCGUACGGGGAGACGCUCCGACCAGCCUGGCAACCACGGGACUGUGCAGAAGAGAGCCCUGGGAGGCUCAGUGCUUCUGUAAUAACUUCUCUCCUGAAGCUGUUGGAGGAGAUUCCUGGGGUCCGUCCCUCCUGGUCUCCACUGACAGCGGCGUGUUGCUAAUAGAUGAUGGACAGCCGGCGAUCCCAGUAUUUGAUCGAUCGCUGCAGAUCAGACAGAUGCACGUGUUGGAGCCCUUGGAUCUCCUGAUCACUCGAGCUGAUAAAGGGAAAGACGCCCGGCUCUAUGUCUUCUGGUUGAGCGUCAUCAGGAAAGAUCUGGAAGACAACCAGGCUCCAAGGAACAAGUACGAGUGCAGAGAAAAUAAACUGGAGAAAACAAAAGGAUGUCACCUGUACGCCAUCAAUACUCAUCACGGUCACGAGCUGCGGGUGGUGGUGGCCAUCAGAAACAAACUGCUGCUCGUCACAAGGAAGCCCAGCGCUCUGACCAGUGCAGCUGGAUCCUCGCCAGUGGAAGCCUUUCAGUACAUUCGGGAGAUCUGUCUGUCGGACCCCCCAAUGGUGAUGACUCUUGUGGACGGGCCCACCGGUGAGAACGAUAACAUGAUCUGCGUGGCGUAUCGACACCAGUACGAUUUAGUUAAUGAGAGCACCGGAGAGACGGGCCGGCUGCACUAUGUUGAUGCGAGUAGGGCUCAUUUUGUUGCAGCAAUUGAUGUUUAUGAAGAUGGAGAAGCCGGAUUACUGCUCUGCUACAACUACACUUGUUUCUACAAGAAGGUGAGUCCGUUCAAUGGCGGUUCUCCUCUGAUGCCGCCUUCAGCAUCCGACUUCCAUUUCAGCUGGAACCAGAUUCCUCACGCUGUAGUUUGUGCAUUCCCCUACAUCCUGGCAUUCACCACGGACUCCAUAGAAAUCCGACUCGUUGUCAAUGGCAAUUUGGUGCAUACGGCGGUUGUACCAGAACUGCAGCUGGUGGCAUCGCGGUCAGACAUUUACUUCAAAGCAUCAACCACAAUGGGCGGCUCCUCCGACAGCAGUUCUAAGGAUACCAGUACCCACAGCUCCCCGCAGACCCCCACUGGCUACCAACCGCCGCCAUUUCCUGGCAGCCCCGGGGAAGGUGACGUCCACUCCAGGAACAUUUUUAAGAUUCCUCUCAGUAACCUCGUGGGCCGAAGCAUCGAGCGACCCCUGAAGUCUCCCCUGGUUCCCAAGGUGGUCACCACCCCCACCGUCAUCGCCUACACCCCCGUCACGCAUUCUCUAUCCCUGUCCCAAAUGGAGAUCAAGGAGAUUGCCAGCCGGACAAGGAAAGAACUUCUGGGUCUUUCUGAAGGAUCUCAGCGGCAGAAGAAGCUCAGUCAGAAGCCGGGAGAAGAAGAGACAAAGCAAGAAGCUGUGAGAUCGACGAGUACUGACCGGAUAAAUGCAGGAUCAUUUGAAAGCAGCUCUGAGGGUCAGCGGCCCCUCUCCACCAGCUCUGACCCCGAAUCUACCGUCAGUGCGGAGGACAGCCCCCCGUUCAGCGGGUGCCUCUUCCAUUUGACCGCAUCCUUCGAUGAAGACAUUGUUGAUUUAAAGUGAAGAGGAUCACAAUGUCUGGAGACAACAUGGCCA